UGCCGCCCUCGCUUCCCGCGUGGUUGCGGGGCCCCGGGGAAAUGCGGGUGCUGCGGCCAGAGGGCGGCGGGGCGGGCCUGCCGUGCCUGGGUGGCGCGGCGCUGUCCCCCGGGGAAACUCGGCUCUUGGUCACGGUACAGGCCCUGAAAGCUCCAGCGACCUGCCCUUGACCUGCCGGGUGUGCUUCAGGCGAUAAGGGGCGGCUGUGGUAGUCCAAGUUCUACACUGGCCUUCUGUAUAUGACAGUGAAACGUGGGGGGCCUCAAAUAAGAUGGCGUCGUCACACACUGUCACUACUUGUCUUUCUCCACCUGUGCAUUAUGUGAUUUGCAAACUUGGAUUUGAGAAGAAAGACGCCUAUGAUAUUAAUAAUAUUUUAUCUGAAAAUGGUGAAGUAUGUUGGCAAGCUCUUACAGAGCACGUGUGUUACCUUGAAUCAGAUCAAAGCGUGGAUUAUAUCAAAAGCAUACGAUCAUUAGGACCUGUGUGUGAAUCUGUUAAUUUGCACUUCAAAUCUCUGACCAAGGAGAAAUUUGUAAUUCAGUAUGCAUUAUGGUUCCACUGGACAAACUGCACAGAGUUAUUUGUUGAAGUAUUUGAUGUUCUACAACAUACACAAACUACCGGAGUUGCUCUUGCCUUAAUGAAAUUAACGUCAUGCUUGGAGCGAGCCUUGGGUGAUGUAUAUUUACUGAUCGGUAAAGAUUGCCCCUUCCUUCUAAGAGACUUGCUUGCUUCUGAGCAGCUUGCAGUUGUCUUUGGACAAGCUGUAAUGGAUGUACUGAGGAUAUUCAUUGGAUCUCCAUAUGGUCUGAAUCUUCGUAAUGUGUUGUGGCAUGGGUUUGCAUCCCCACAAGAAAUUCCUGCAAAAUAUUGUGCUAUGCUGCUUUUUUUAACUGCAGGAUUGGGUCAGUUGUUACAGAUGUAUCUUCUGCAAACUAAAUGCGUUUUAGUACAUCGACCUUAUGUGAUCUUCGUUAGCUCUGAGGAGCUUGAUGUAUUUCCAGAUCUUAGUCAUGAAGCACUUUCCAUAGCUGAAGAGCUAGUAAAACUGUCCAGUUUUGUAUUACAAACAAUGAUACCAUUUUGGAUGUCUGCUUUAACAGCAUUCAAGCAAAGCAGGUAUGCUGACUGUGUGAUUCUCUUACUUCCUCAGCUGGAAGUUGGACUUAGAUUGCUCUUCACUACGACUAAUAAAUGUCCAAAUCGAUUGCUAACAGCUGAGCCUUCUGCUCUCUACACCACUUUCGAUGAGAUGCUAGCAAAACAUUUGGAUAAUGAAGAAGUCAACCAGCUUCCUGCAGUUCUUGAGGAACCUUCAAUGGAAUUACUUUGGGAUUUCUUGAACCACCAGGAGGGUCCACGUAUAAGAGAUCGUUUAAGCCAUGGAGAGAUCAAUCUAGAAGCAUUUCCUAGAGAAGUAGCUAAUCAGAUAGUUGCAUUUGCAAUUACUCUUCUCUGCAGAUUCUCAGAUGAGGAUGUGUUUGCUUUUAAGGAACACAUGGUCAUAAAACCACUGAUGAACUGUGCAAGUUGCUACCGUUCUCAAUUUCAUCCAAUUUCCCGACUCAAGAAACAGCCACUAAGAAGAGUAAAAUAUGUUGUCCUGUCCCAAGGCUACACUUUACAUAACAUUUUUCAUGAUAACAUUUUUGAGGUGCUGGAAUGUAUGAAGAGCAUUCACUUAUGGCCUGAAUUGCCAGUAGUGCCUGAGGAACACGUUCAAACAAUUAAAGGGUUGGAAGGAAAUGCUGAAGCUAGUACUUUAAUCUCGGUGAUAUCUGAAAUUUUAUCGCAGUUGCAGCAAUAUAUACCCCAUAAUUGCUAUAGUUCAGAUGAUCCAGUCAAUAGUGUUCUAACAGAGAGGCUGUUGAUUGAACUUUGUGAGACGCGUGUUUGCACGCUUUAUUCUCCCAGGCCUGUUCUGGAAAUACUGGCGAUACUCCGUAAAAUAAGCGCACAGUGCCAUCAAGUGUCUGAACAAGUUAUUGCCAGCACUGAGUUGAGAUACAAACGGUGGAUGAACAGGAAUCUACGUUCUCGGCAGAGGCAUAACUAUCUACGGAUGUUGAGCAGCAUUAAAUUUUUGUCUCCGGUGUUGCGACUCAUUUUAGUGAUGAUUACUCUGGAACUAGUCAAUGUUCAUUUGGUUUGUAAGAAGAAUCAGUUUGAUUAUCAGCAGUAUCUAAAGUUUUUGAAGUCACUUUUGCAGUAUACGGAGAACUUGGUGACAUACACAAGCCUCGAGAAAAACAAAUGGGAUGAAACCACAGAGCUGACAAACAAGGCUUUGAUAAAAAUAAGGAAAAUCCAUGACAGAAAGCUAAUGUUAAUGCAGCUAGCCACAUAAAUUAAAUGGGUUUAAGAUUAUUUGGACAUAGGUAUAUUUUAAGAGUUCUGGAGUCCUCACAUUUGACAAAUCUAAUUCAAAGACAAACUUCAUCAGUCAUUGUCAAAUUUUGGAUGCAAAAUUUACUCUUUUUGUUAGAUGGCGGCGGUUGAGGCUGGAGUUGAAUGACCAAGCUUCCAAAGAAUGGACUGUUUGCCAAAUCCAGUG